GCCAUGAUACUUUAAAAAGAUAAAACCAAAGGCACCAGCCUAAUACAAUUUAUAGUGUGAGAAGAGCAGAGUGAAAGUGAUGGUGGAGACAUUCUUCUGGAGCGGAAGCAGCCACCUGAAACUGCUUCAACAACACUCCAAUUCCAAUCUGCUUCUUCUUUCUGGCCCUCCUUCUUCUGGGAAAACUUCUCUGCUCUUCCAAUAUGCAUUCAAUGUAGCUGCAGCAGCCAACUCUUCCAACCCAAAUGUCCUCUUCAUCUGCAACCGCCAAAGGUUGGAUUCCAAACCCCCUUUUCUUUCUCAGGGUAUUGACCCAUCUUCUGAUGUCUUCCACCGCAUACAAAUGAAGUACGUGAAUGAUGAUGAGGAUAUUAGGAAGUACUUUGCUGCCUUCCAUCUGCUCGAUACAUUGCCUGCGGCGGUUGUGAUCGAUGAUUUUGGCGAUUUCUUUGACAACAAGGUCUGCCAACAACGGUAUUCGAAUCCCCGCGGACGAGACUUGGCCAUGGUUAAGAGUCUAGCAUUGUGUCACAACGCAAUUUCUUAUGCAAAUCAAAAAGGGUCUUGCAAGCUUCUCUUAUCAGAUACUCAUACUCACCAGGGGGACUCUCCAAGGUUUCACUUCAUCUAUAAGAAAUGGAUUCACACCACUUUUGCAAUUAAAGUAUCUGGUGUUGCAGAAGGGGAUGUGUCUGGAUCAUUUGUUCUGAAAGAAAAGGGCUAUUCACGAGCUGAUGAUAGAGGUAGGAAUCUUAAAGCUGCAAAGUACUCCAUAGCUCUUCAAUAUCUGGUCUAUGAUGGAAUUGUCAAAGAUGAAGUAGAAUAGAUAUUAACCACUUCCACCAUUAGAACUGGUUCUGUAACUAUGUCAUAUGUUUUCUUGUUCCAUAUAACUGCUAUACUUAAUGAUAAACUGAAAACCAGUUUUGCUUCCAUCUUCAGUGAAUGAAACCUUACGAU